AUUUCGGAAUUUCUACGGACACAAAUUCCGGAUAGUGUGCAUGGCGUGGUUCCCCUACACGGACUUCGCAAGGACCAGCAAGCAAGGAGGCACUAUUGUGCAUCCUUUGGACUCCUUAGACGUUAGGAUGCUGAAGGGCAUAGCCAAGGCCUUGAAUUUCUCGUACGAAAUGCGCGUUCCUUGGGACAACCAGUGGGGGACGUCCACGGCGAACGGGAACUGGACAGGGAUCGUCGGAACGCUGCAGCACCACAAGGGCGACUUUUCCAUGAUGCUCUCUUGGCUGGAGAACCGCCUCCCCGUCGUCGACUACUCCCGAGUCUACUCGUCCGAGCCCCUCGUCAUGGUCACGGCCAAGUCGGCGCCCUUACCCCAGUCGUUUGCCCUCGUCAGACCUUUCACGCCUCAACUAUGGGGUCUGACAGUUCUCUCCACGGUGGUUGCCGGUGUUACCUUGUGGAUUCUCCAGAAGAUAUGGUCUCGCAUUUCUAACGAGAGGAGCAUAGGCCUUGGCAGUAGUGUCCUCUUAACGUGGGCCAUUAUUCUGGAGGACCCGCCCAUGAGAUUGCCAAAAAACAUCACUGCACAGAUGCUGAUAGGCUGGUGGUGGCUGUACUGUAUGCAAGUGACCAUCAUGUACCGGUCUUCGUUAAUCGCCCACCUGACCGUCCCUGGAAAGUCGCCCGAGCUGAAUUCGCUGGACGAUCUCCUGGAAGCGAACAAGAGGCAUAAGUGGACUUGGGGAUUCGAACCCACAUAUGGAUCAGGAUGGGAGUGGCUCAAGUUGAAUGAGAAUCCUACCGUUAGGGAAAUAUUCAAGGGCAUAGAGGUUCUGGAACUGGACGUACAGCUUCGCAGAGUCCUUUCCAGCCGCCACGCCUUCAUCACCUGGAAGUACUACAUUCGGUCCAUCAUACUCUCGCAGUACACAGACGAGAGAGGAUACACUCCCAUACACACAGCCAAGGAGGAGUUCUUCAACUACGGAGGCUACGGAUGGGGGUUCAGGAAGGGCGCCCCGUUCCGCGGGCGCAUCGACAUCAUGAAACUCCGGCUGAUCGAGAGCGGAGCCAUCGAGUUCUGGAUGAACAACCUCAUCGAGUCCUCGGCGGCAAAGUCUCGGAGUAAGAAGAAGGAAAACUCUGAGAAUGAGGACGCAGCUGAGGACAGGAGAAAUAAUGACCAGCGACGCUUCAAUACAGUACUAGGGAUGGGCCAUCUACAAGGAGUCUUCUAUAUACUGAUCAUGGGAAACCUCUUGGGUCUCUUGAGUUUCCUUUUUGAGUGCUGCUCCAGCUUCCCUUCCCCCAAACUCUUCCGAUAAGAUCCAGCCCUCCAAAGACAACCAACCGAAGGAUAUCAAAAUCUGAGAGUUUCCCCUAAGAUAAAAGUAAUAAAGCCUACAAAAGCUUCAGAGGUCAUCUCCUAAAAGAAGCAAUUACAGGAUAUCAAUAUAUUCUCAUUAAACCAUCCCCUCCAAGAUUAAACAAUUAAAGGACACCCGAAAAAUCUAACAAGGUCUUCUCUAAGGACAAGCAAUGAAAGAAUAUGAAAAUAUUCCAUAUUUGGAGAUUUUCUCUUCAAGGACAAGUAAAGACAUUUACAUGGGCGUUUCCUACUGAACUAACCUUCUUCAAGGAAAGACACAAAUAGGACAAAGAUAUCAAUUUCAUGAAGAGGUUAUUCCUCAGGACGUCUUGGAAAAAAAAAGUCGACCAUUUUAAUUGUGUGAGACCAAGCUCCAGGAACCACCACGAUCCUACGUCGUCCUGUAGAGGACUUUAAACGAAAAGAAAAGAAAAUA